AUGUUCUCGAUCGAACGACUUCUUUUCGUGCUGCUGUCGGUGAAUCUUCGAUUCACGGGAAGCAAGGUCACAGACACUGCUUAUGCACUGAAUAGAAAUCAUAUGAAAUUGUUGGUGACAUUGUUGCUUUCUCUACCGCCUGCACUGUUGCCGAUUUUGUCCCUUUUCCUCAUUCGCACGUAUCUAGUUCACUCAGAAACGUUGGAAAUUGGGAAUUUCUUGUUGCCUGAGACAAAUGGA